AUGGGUGCAAACAGUGCUUCAAGAGGUGACGCUUCAUUGACCUCGAACGACAGCGCUACGCCGUUGAAGAACGAGUCCCGCGUCUUUAUCAGCAAGGUCGACUCGGGCACCUCGGAGGAGUCGAACCAGUUGGAAAAGAACCCCUUCUUGGAUCCGAAAGUCGAGGAGUUCUAUCGGGAGAUCUACUCCAGUUCAAAGUAUGAAAGUUAUGUUGCCUUUGACCCGCAUUUCACGUGGACAGAGGAAGAAGAGAAGAAGGUUGUCUGGAAGUUGAAUUUCCGCGUUGCCCUUGCUGCAUGUCUCAUGUUUAUGGGUUUGCAAGUUGAUCGAGGAAAUUUGGCGCAGGCAGUGACUGACAACAUGCUUAAGGAUUUACAUUUGACGACGGAUGAUUAUAAUACCGGGAAUACGAUAUUUUAUGUCUGCUUUUUGGGUGCUGAGAUUCCGUCGCAGUUGAUUUCCAAGGCCCUAGGUCCUGAUAUCUUUAUCCCCAUCCAGAUUUGCGCGUGGUCAAUUGUGGCAAUGAGCCAGGCUGCAUUGUCGGGCAAGGCGUCAUUUUACGCUACUCGUGCGUUGAUUGGCGCCUUGGAAGGGGGUUUCAUCGCGGACUUGGUGUUGUGGUUGAGUUAUUUCUUUACAAGUAAAGAGUUACCCGUUCGAUUGUCGUGGUUCUGGACCACGCUUAGUUUGGUGCAGAUCGCCACAUCGUUGCUCGCGUUUGGUAUCUUGCGACUCAGAACCUGGGGCUGGCACGGCUGGCAGUUUUUGUUCUUGAUCGAAGGCGGGUUCACUUUGGCUAUCGGCAUUGCCUCGUGGUUCUUGAUGGUCCCCAGCGCUGUCCAGACAAAGACCUGGUACAACCCAAAGGGUUGGUUCACCGACAGAGAGGAAAAGAUUGUCGUGAACCGUGUCUUGAGGGACGACCCGUCAAAGGGAUCCAUGCACAACAGACAGGCCAUCUCGCCAAGAAUGUUGUGGAAAUGCCUCACCGACUACGACUUGUGGCCAAUAUACGCCAUUGGUCUUGUGGCAUACAUUGGACAGAGCACUUUCACCGCCUACUUUGGCUUGAUCAACAGACAAUUGGGCUUCAACGUGUUCAACACCAACUUGUUGACGAUACCGCAGGCGGUGAUCCACAUCAUUUUCCUUCUAGCCAUCACCUGGCUCUCGGAGCGAGUGAAUGAAAGGGCAUUGGUCUGCCUAAUUGCCCCAAUCUAUGCUACUCCAAUCAUGGGAGUCAUUCGCUGGUGGUCGGGCUCCGGCAAACAGAUAUGGUCAACCUGGGUGUUGAACACUUUGUACAUGGGCCAACCAUACAUCCACGCCAUUUGUGUCUCAUGGGUCUCGAGAAACUCCAACUCGGUCAGAACAAGGUCAAUUUGCUCGGCAGUGUACAACAUGUUUGUCCAGCUCGGAAGUAUCGUUGCCAAUUUCAUCUAUAGAGAAGACGACAAGCCACAGUACCACAGAGGCAAUAUGCAGUUGUUUGUGCUCACUUUGAUCUUGAUACCCAUCUUGGUGCUCGCCAAAGGGUACUACGUGUGGAGAAACAAGACCAGAGACAAGAUAUGGAACGCCAUGUCCGAGGAGGACCGGAACGAUUACAGAGAAAACACCAAGGACGAAGGAAACAGAAGAUUGGACUUUAGGUUCGAUACAUAG